AUGAAAGAAGCUGCAGAAUCAGUUGCACGCAGAACGCGAAGCUGUUUGGAUUUGUAUCUCUGACGCUGUCUACUCUAUAAAACUAGCUAACUAUCAACAUGGAGAACUUCCAGUGGCGCAAUAAAGUGGCCGUCAUCACGGGCGCUUCCGUGGGCAUUGGAGCCAGCACCGCAGUUGCCUUGGCCAAUGCUGGAAUGGUGGUUAUUGGUCUGGCCAGACGCCAGGAACUCGUCGAGGCCUUGAAUUCACAAGUGACGGGCGAGGGAAAAAUCAUUGGCCGAAAAUGUGAUCUGAGCAAUGAUGAGCAGCUGAUCAGCAGCUUCAAUUGGAUUCAGGAGAAGUUCCAUUGCAUCCAUGUGGUUAUCUGCAAUGCAGGCAUACUGAAAGCCAAUUUUCUGAGUGAAUCGCCCACCAAGGACAUUAAGGAGCUGUUCGAUGUGAAUGUGGUCGCCACUGCGAGUUGCUUGCGGGAGACGCUGAAACACAUGGCUAAGAUCAGAGUGCCAUGCCACAUUGUGGUCAUCAACAGCGUGCUCGGACAUCGCAUACCGGAAGUGCCGGUGCCCUUAUUCAGCGUUUAUCCGGCCACGAAGCAUGCAAUUACAGCACUUUGCCAGACGAUCCGCCAGGAAAUACAUUUUCUCAAAUUAAAUAUUAAAUUAACGAGCAUCUGCCCCGGCAUGGUGGACACCGAUUUUCUCAAUGUUUACUCACAGGCUGUGGAUGAAUUGCCCAAACUGCAGCCGUUGGAUGUGGCCAAGGCAGUCCUCUAUGCCCUCGACACGCCCGACGGUGUCCAGGUGGAGGACAUUAUUCUGCAAAAAAUGCGAAAAGUUUAAUAAAGUUCUCAUAUUAACCAUGAAUAUUAAUAAAACUGUUCUUAACUAA